AUUCAUUUGGAGUCCAAGUGGUUAUCUGUCUUAGCGAGUGCUAGUAGGUUAAAACGCGCGCGCGCGGGCUAAGUCACAUUUUCAAAUUCGAAUGCGCUUGUAAUCCACUCAAAUAUAUACUCUGACGAAUACCGGUUGCAGAAACAAAUGUCCUUAAUAAAAAUGGAAUACGCAUACAUAGGGUGAAGUGUAAUUUGAUUAUUACAAAGUUUUUUAUAAAAAAAAACUAAUAUUGAACGAAAAUUCUGUGCUGUGAAGUGAUAAGUCUGUGUAUAUCUUUGAAAAGUUUUUGCUGGUUGUGAAUUUUUGCAAAAAAGGAAAUCAAAAUGUGGAAAGAAUGGUUCUUAUUCAUGAGCAUUCUUGGAUAUUGCCUUGGUGCUACUUUGGAAAUAUGCCCGGAAGGUUCUUCAUGCCAUAAUGCUCCAGAACAAUUGCGAGUAACAUCUUUCGAAUUUUUGAGUAAGAUGUCUCAAAAGGAUUUCCGAUCUAUAGGGAGUCUAAUUUUAUCAAAUGCUUCAGUUAACAAAGUAGAUCCUAAGUUGAAAUACCUCAAGAAUUUGGAGUAUUUAGACUUAUCACAUAACAGUGUUCAAGUAUCUUCAAUUCCAGCUUUGAACAGUUUGAAAACGUUAAUAUUAAAAUCCAACGAUUUGAAAGAUAUCAGCGUAUCUAACCUGCCACAAAAUUUGGAACAUUUGGAUUUAUCUAAUAAUUUAUUAAGUGAUAUUACAAGAGACUGGAGAAUGCUUAAAAAUCUGAAAACUCUGGAUUUAUUCAAAAAUCCUAUAGACUGUGAUUGUAACAACGUACUAAAUCUUGAAUUACUGAAUAAGAGCGGCAUCAUAAUACCAAGGCCUUUAACUUGCCAUUCCCCUUCAAAAUUUGCUGGUAAAGAUGUUAGUGCUGUGACUUGUUCACCAGCAGAUAUAAUGCAGUACGAUGAACCAGUAGAAGGUUCUGGUGAUCCUGAUAUCUUCGAAGAUUCAUAUACCGAACAAUCCUUAAAUGUCCCCGUGGUAGAUGAAGAAGAAGAGGAAGAUCGAAAUGCUACUGCAAAUACGUUUAUAGACGAUGAAGAAAAACUUAUUGUUAAAACAACCACAAUAGAUUCGUUACAUGAUACAUUCGGAGAAGAAGGUAGCGGCGAUGAAGGCAGUGGUUUCGGAAUUAUUCCAGAAUCGGGAGUUUUAGGUUGUAUAGAAAAUUGUAGCACUCCCAAACCUCUUGAUAAAGAUUCUACCGCUUCACCAUUGCCUGGUAUUUUUGACCAACUUAAGAUGGUUAUAGAUGAUAUUAAUAUAUUUAAAGAAUCUGAACCUUCAACAUCUACCUUGAUGAGUUCAACUUCUACGAUUACCGUAACUACCACAACAACUGAAGUACCCGUCAGUCCAGUAGUUGUACCAGAUGAAGAACCUACUAUGUUAAAAGAACGUACUUCUCUAAAUGAAAACACACACGAAAGUAUGUCUACGGAUAAUCAAGAAGAUGCUAAUAUUACUGCAGCUGGUGAACUAGAACGAGCCUCAGUUACACCUAAAAAUACUACAGCUGUUUAUGCAAUUGUAGGUGUUGGUUUAUGCAUAGCAGUACUCUUCAUUAUUGCGUUUGUUAAAAAACGCAAAUCAAAGAGAAUGAAGAAUAAUAGACGUGAAAAUACUACCACACUUUUAGGUGAAGAAAUGAAGCCUUUAAGCAAACCUCCAUUAACUUCAGUAAACGAUAAACCUGCGAGAAAUUCCUCCAACAUUCCCGAACACAUUCCCCUUAUCAACGGUCAGAACGGCAAAUCAAGAGACGAUACUCCUAAGCUCACGUCUUUCACACCACUGGCACACCCUGAGUUACCAGAUAAAGGUGAUGAAGAUGAACCCUCAUAUUAUAACGGCACGGUAAGAGAACCAGAACAAGAAGUUGACAUUAGAUCUAAAUCACCACCAGAGCUACAAACCCCUCAAGGAACGAGAGUCACUAUAAGGGAAUCUGAAAUUCCAGAGUCGAUUCCAAGAACCCCGUUGCUAGUCCAUCGCCAGAAAAAUAGUGAUGGUGAGAUCGUCACUACGUUGGUAUCUUGAGAAAUGUAGUGAAGUGAAUACCUCAGUAUUUAUUACCUAUUGAAUACGUUUGUGAUAAAAUUAACUUAUUUGCGUCGUUCCUAGCUUGGGGUGCAUGAUAUUUAUGUCAUACAAAUCUACAGCGAAAAAUUUUGAAGAUAAAUCAAUACAGUUAUUUUGUAUUUUGUGAAUGAACUUGUACACUGUAAAAAUUUUCGUUUCGGGCUUACUAUUUAAGAGCAAAUUUUUUCGACUGUUACAGACUAUACUUACUUUAUAUUUAUAUUAUACAGAAUGGGCCUCAGAAAAAUCGAUAUUCAGGAGUAUGUAUUAGAUACAGACAAUUGUCCUUUGUCAAUCCCACCCUCUUCCACUUCCAUUAACCCUUAUUUUUAAAUGUACUAUCCACGAUUUUUUUUCAGGUCAAAGACUUAUUUUUUGUUAAUGUGUUUUGUCAAUUCAAAAUAGAUCAACCAUUUCAAUAUUAAAUUAAGAUGGUGUCCAUUCAUUCAUUAUUGAAAUUUUAAAGUAUUUUAAGGUUACAACGACUGCAUUCAUAUCGUCUUAGUUCUUCUUCAAAGCGGAUUGAGCUUCAUAAAUUUUAUCCCCAGAAAAAGAAAUCCAAGGGUGUUAAAUGGGUAAGACAUUCUAUAAACUCUCUUCUUCCAAUCCAAUCAAAUAGUAAAUGGUUCAAUAAGAUAUUGCUUCCUAGCUCUACUUCAAUGUGGAGGUGCUUUGUUUUCUUGGAAAAACAGAUCAAAUUCCUGUCCAUACUUUGUUGGGUAUGUGUUUCGUAAUAUACUCGAAAAAUUUCAUCAGCCCCGUACCAUUUACACAGAAAUAAACGAAAAAAAAAAAAAUAAAGAAUUUGAAUUAUUAUUUAUUUUGUCAAUUUCACGAAACUGUAGUUAUGUGUAAGGGUUAUUUUUCCUACCAAAUAUUACCUUUUAUGGAUAAAAAUUGGUGUUUUAUAACUGUAGGAAGGAUAGAGGGCCAAAACAUGAUUCUAAUCUAAAGUAUUAUGAUUUAAAUUUAGUCCUAACACGUUUUUCUUAAUCCUUUUUCUGAUUAGCUAUUGAUACUGUUUAACCAUAUUUUCUUACUCUCCCUGAUAUUGAGUGAUCAAAUUUUUUGUCUUCAUGAAAUAAACUCGCCCUAUUAAAAAAAUACCCAAAUUCUUCAAAAAAUAACGUUAUUAAGAAGUUGCCUAAUUACUCAUUUUUAUCAAAAAUUCGGGGUUAACGAAGUGGAAGUUAGAAAGCUGACAAAUGAUGUUUGUAUGAAUACAACAAAAAUUGGCGCGUUUUAGCAUUUCUUCACUAAUUAAUGCCAAUUAUCGAAGUGAAUGGUUUUUUGUGGCUCACUCUGUAUAUAUAUUUGUUGCCAAAGUGAACCCACUAUUAAUGAUAACAAAGACCAGGAACUUGCUUUUGGGAAUACUUUAUUAGGGGUUUCAGUUUUACAAAAAUUGUGACACAAUAUUUCCUAAAAUAAAUAUUUAUAGGAUCAAAAAUGAUCCUAAUACUUCUGUAAAACAUAAACCAAAGGUUAUUAGAAAACUGAGACAAGAAAAUUCGAAUAAACGUUGAUUAUUAAUUUAAUAGAAGAGGUCAAAUUUUCAAUAAUCCAAUUAAAUUCCAUACUACUUAAUUCCAUAUUAUAAUUAGUAAUUUCAAUAAUAAAUAUUCAUCAGUAACCUCAUCAUCAGUCAAAAAAAUAAUAUUUCUAAUAGAAAAUAAUAUAAUUUUAUUCGAAUUUUUUUUAAAAUGCUUGUGUGAUCUGGUCCGAAAAUAUUUUUCAAUGUAAGGUAUAUUAUUUCUGCGAUCGGUAAACAGUCAAAAACGCAUUUAGCAUAAUGAAAAUAAUCAUUGUGCCAAAUUGUGUUUAGUAGCUGUAUAUUUGUUUAUAAAUGACUGAUAAAAAACCAUAGAACGUGCUUGAUCGAUUUAACCCAUGAUUUUACUACAGAUAUAGUGAAAAAAUGAGAAAAAAAAAAUUGUCAGUUGGUUCAUAAUUAACAAAACACGAUGCAGUUAUAGGUAUGCUUGUUUUAAGUGUAUUGAAAAUCAUUUCGUUUUUGAUAUUUCGAUAGUAAUAUCAAAAUUAUUAAUAGUUUGACAAUAGAUCAAAAAUUCCCAAGCUUCAGUUUUACUAUUUUAAAAAAUUAAAUCAAAAAGAGUACAUCUUGAUCUAGAUUUGGUUAAUAUUUUUGUAAAUUGCAUUUAAGGAUAUAUAAUUAUAUUUUCACGUUUUUGAGUAGAUUAAUCCAUCAUAACUAUAAUUUAUUUGCAUGUACUUGUGUUCAUUGAAUCGGAAAAUAUAUACUGCGUAUAUUGAUAUAUGUAUAUUACCAAACGAGGACACAUUUCCUUUUUUUAAUCGCAUUUAGUUGUAUUCUCUUGUUAUAACUUUGCAAAGACAGUACUAAUUAUAUGUUUAUUUGACCUAGUCUUACUCUAACAAUUAAAAAAGUUAGUAUAUUGACGUGUCAAAUUUCUCGGCUUUGAUUCAGAUCAAUUUGUUCCUGAUUACUGACCUAUUAUUUCACUCUAAACAAUUAGAAUGUGCUUUUGUCUUUUCUUUUAUCAAAUAAACAAGAUAACUUAGAUAAGAGUGACUGUCUCAACCCAUCAACGCCUGGUUUCUUUUUUAAAGAAAAAGUUAGUUCUUUGUACUUUUCAAAAUUAUAACCAAAAGAAAACUUUUCGAAAUACGCUAAGCGCUUUGACUACCUACUAGUUGAUAUUUUUCAAAAAAUACAUAUUAAUAAUUCUUGAAUCUUGUUUAUUGAUUUUGAUCUAGAAAAUAUUAAUAAAUUCAGUGAAGUUUUCCAAAGCAUUUAAUCAUAUUUUCGUCAUAGUAUAAGUACUCUUAAAGUUGGAAGUAAGCUAAAAAAAUUUGCUUUAUUUUGUCCAUUAUUGGGCUAAAUUUCUAACUUUUCUCUGAUAAAUCUAGUUUUAAAUGAUCAACAAAGUGAAUAAAACGUGAAUUUUUCAAAAAACGAUCCCUGCCAAUGGAGUUGAUACCAAGUUCGUUUUUUAUGUCUCAUUCACUGCAUCAAUAAAACUUCUUCCUUGGUAGAUUACUGUAUUCACUAAGAAUUAGAAUAUCUUAAGACAAGGACAAUUUUUAAAUAUCUUAUCAAUUACCAUACAUAAAACGUCAUCUAUUAAAAAUUUCACAGGAGAACAUCACCUGAAGAAAAGUUCUCUGACUUGGUUCAAAUUCGUCUUGAUCCAAAAGAAAAUAAUUCGACUGUGACAGUUUUGUUUAUCAGUAUUUAUUAAUGACGAUGGUUCAAGAAUAUCUGGUUAAAAACCUACAACGUUGUCUACAAAAUCGCCUCCAUCUUUGUUGGUUGGUAUGCCAGAAUCCAAUGGUUCAAUAUAUAUCUGGUCAACAUUUUCGCAAUUUCUGGAGGCACCUGGCUGAACUCCGCCAUAUUUUGUGACAGGAUUUUCAAAAUAAAAAGGUAUAUACUAGCACAAAGUUUGGUUCAAUGGAACUUGUUUGAAUUAUCAGGUAAACAACGCUCGUACUUACUUGAUGCCCGAUCUAUACUAUAUGGUUUUGUUUUAUUUGCUUUUUUUAACUGUUUUAAAUAGAAAACGAGCGCCAUUUCGUUAAAAUAAGACUGCAGCGAAAAUAUUUAGCGGAGUCUACACUUGUGUCCAAAAUGCGUUAAUGGGUUAAUAAUGUUUGGUUGAAAUACAAGAUAGAAUUUUUGUAAUAACACUAUAUGAUUAUUAAUUUGUUAUGUAAGAUUGUCUUAUGGUGCAAUGAUACGAAAGAACCCUUUCUUGUGAAUAAAAUGAAUGAUUUUUCUUGAAUAUGUACAAAAUAAAACUGAAAACUUAGUGAAAUUUCACUAAUUUUUCUCUGAUUGGGGUUGUUCAUUUUAUAUUUAAGUCAAUGGGAAAAUGUACUUUUAUUACUUAAAAAUAUGAAGUUAUAUAGAUAUAUUUUGUAAAUUUUGUGUAGAUACACAGAUAGUAGAUAUGUUACAUAACGUAAUGUAAACAUAAAUUUUCAAUUUUAGUAGUAACCUAAAAAUUGUGUCAGUCAUAAGUGGAUAAUUGUUUUAUUUCAAAUUAUAAUUAUUAUAUUCUUUGAAUCAUAUCAAAGUACAUUGCAAAUGCAUAUAUUAAAUUCGUAUUGUUAAAUCAAAUACCAGUAGAAUCAUUUCUAUGAUUAGCGUUAAUUUUUUCAUUUACUUUUACCCACAUUUAAGAUACUGAACGUUCUCGAAAUGUAUUUUUUUAAUUGAAUCGUUAUUUAUUUUGAAGUGUGAUUUUGUACACUUGUCACAAACACAAUAUGUGUGUACUUUUAUAUUUUUUAAUAUUUAGCUAUACGUACCUAUAAACACAUCAAUAAGCUUUAUCUGUAUUAAUUUCAAUUAUGUUUUGUGAAUAGUAUUAGUAUUAAAAGCAAUUGUUCAAAUGAAUAUAAAGCAAUGUUCUAUGGUUAUGUUACAGUUUAAAUCAUAUAUUCCGUUUUUGUUUUUAAUGUAUAAAUUUUUAGAGAGAAAAUAAAGUUUCUUAAAUACAA